GCUAACACAUAUGGACCAGACAUUCAGAACAAGUUUCCACAGUACUUUCCUACUGUCCCAAUGGCAGGGGAUGAUGUGGAGAUAGAAUGUCUUGCAUACGGAAGGUAAGGCCUAGUGAUAGGGGAUUAUGAUCACUUGCAUUUUAAAGGUAGGGCUUAAUUGUAGGGGCUUAUGAUAUGUUGCACAUGUAAGAUAAGUAUAUAUUUUUGUAUUGCAAUAAAGAAUGCAUCAUAAUACUUGUCAGUUAAGAUAUUAGAUUAUUGUGGUCAGUUAAGAUAUGAGAUUAGUGUGGUCAGUUAAGAUUUUAGAUCAGUGUGUUCAGUUAAGAUUUUAGAUCAGUGUGGUCAGUUGAGUGAUUAGAUCAGUGUGGUAAAAUGAGUGAUUAGAUCAGUGUGGUCAGCUGAAUGGUUAGAUUAGUGUGGUCAGUUGAAUGAUUAGAUCAGUAUGAUCAGUUGAGAGAUUAGUUUAGUGUGGUCAGUUGAGUAAUUACAUUAGUUUGCUCAGUUAAGAUAUUUGAUUCCAAAGUCAAAAAUAAACAAUGCAUUGCCACCUAAGCACAUCAAUAUGUAACUAUUGAAACAUUGUAGCCUUAUGAAUGUAUGUAUACCAUGAUCUAAGAUAAUUAAUAAUUUCAUACAAGUUAUCUCAAUUUUUGUUAGUCCAUCGUUAAAUACAUAUAAUGUAUGUAUCACAGAUUUCUAAUGCCAUGUUUUUCAAUCAGGACUUGUUUUUCUCUCUCCAGACUCCCACUGCACUAUUCAUGGGUUAGAGAAGAUGGUCCCCUCCACCCCAGGGCCUAUCUGAGAGAUCACAAUCGUGUGUUGGUGCUGCCAUCGGCCAGGCUUGAGGACACCGGCACAUACACAUGUGUUGUCAGGAAUGAGAGAAACUAUGCCAACAAAACUGUUUUUCUGCAACUUAAUGGUAAUUGGAUGUUCAUA